AUGAGCAUUCAACGGUCAGCCUGCAAUCCAGAGACAUUGAGGCACCUUCAAAAUGCCUCCAAUGCCUUUUCUGACUAUUUGAACGCAUACAUUGAGGCCUUGAACAAGUACAUUGGGCAUCAACGUCGAGUCUCGACACUAAGGUUCGAAAGAGCAACACUCAUCAAGCACGUCAAGAAGCUUCGCUUUUUCAAUGAACAAUUGACCGCAUUGAACCUUUUGGAAGCCAGCAGAUACCGUAAUGGUAGUCUCGAUACGGUGGUUUCGUCCUUAGCAUCAUUUUUCAUUAGAUGCCUCGAGAUGGUGGACCUUUUGAACUACUACCUCACACAGGCAUUGAAAAACGAAACGAUUUCCAAAACCUUAAAUAAUGAUCUAGUGGUCAGCGAUCCAUGUAUUGUGGUUCUCGAAAAUGUGUAUCGCCAUUUCGUGAAAUUCACACAAUGGAUGCUGGAAGCGAUAAAUCUGCAUGAUGUAACGCUCACCAUCGAAGUUCUGCAAUUCGCCCGCAAAUGUGCCCAGGAAGAUGGUCUCAAUGUUGAAGAAACGUCAGAUAUUUUGCUUCAGGAGGUCGGGAUCGUAGAGGACAUUCACGAAUAUAGAGAUUUACUGAAGGAAUGGUGUACAGUGCUCUGCAGCCAACAAAAAGAACUCACGCAAGCGUUUGAUCUCGAGACGGAGCGCUGGAGCCAAGUUUUCGAACAGCGUAAAUAG